AUGGCCACUGUGUUGCCUACCAGUACCAAGGCUGCAAAGCAGGCCUUGUAUACUCAAAGAGUUGAGGCAGACGAGAGUAUACCGCCGAACCAAACUCUCUAUAUAAAAAAUUUGAACGAUCGCGUUAAGUUGGAUGUUUUAAAGGGGGAUCUGCAGGACCUUUUUUCAAAGUACGGCACUAUACUUGACAUUGUUGCCAUGUCUUCAUUCUGGCGCAAGGGACAGGCUUGGAUAAUUUACAACGACAUAGAGAGUGCGAAAAAGGCUAUGGAGGAAUUGCAAGGACACAUGUACCAUGGCCAUGCCAUGCAUAUAAACUUUGCACUUGAAAAGAGCGAUUUAAUUUCCAAGGCAGAUGGAACAUUUAAAGAGAGAGAAAAGGGACCAAAGAAGCCUAGAGCAAUAAAAGAAAGGGAAGAGAAGCAGAGGCUUUUAUUUAAAGAAAUGCAGAGAGAUUUUAUCACGGGAAACCUUGAUGGAAUGGCCCAUGCAAUCCCACAUCAAGAUGGAGUAUCGCAAUUUAACCCAGAAACCGCAAAGGCGCUUGCAGCUGCACAGGCUAGGGCUGCGGAACUUGCUUUGGCAUCUAAAAGAGCAAUUCAAAGCGCCAAAGGUGCAAAUGCGCAAAGGAGAGGAGGUUUUUCUGCGCCAGUUAUUCCUAAUCGUACCUUAUUCGUGGAAUCUUUGCCAGAGGGUGUUACUACAAACGAUGUAAUUUCACUGUUUUGUCGCAUGCCAGGGUAUAUUGAAGCUAGAGUCAUCCCUGCACGUAAAGUGGCCUUUGUGGACUUUGACAAUGACAUGAAUUCUGGAUAUGCUAUGCAGACACUUCAGGGUCAGACAAUUAACGGAACCAUGAUUUCAAUAAGCUACGCAAAGCAUUGA